UCGGACAGUCAUCAAUCGACCGCCGCGAAAAGACGAACAAAACUUCACCAUACUGAAAUUUAUCGAAAUAUAAAAACUGAAAGAUAAUUGUUAAAAAUUAAAAAAAAAAUACUAGUGUAUAAACAUAAAAUAUUUUCAUACAAGUUAUUAAUUCAUGAUCAGUUCGUAGAUAAUAAACCUUAAUAAGUCUCAUUUUUAUUUUUAUAAAAAUGAUUUAGAGUCAAAAAUUAAAAUUAAGAAUUCUGGUUAAGACAAAAGUUUCCAUUGAUACAAUUAUUUUAAUACCUAAAUUUCAUUGUUAAAAAGGCAAAAUAGUACUACGGGUCGGAAUAUAACAGAAGAAAAUUCCAGCUACACAUAUGGCAGAGAUUAACUCAACAUCAAAGGAAAAAUCAAAAUCAGUAUUUACACUUACUGAUUUUAGUUCAAGAACUGUUCUAACAGAAAAAGGACAGCUUGAUGACUACAAUCCGUUUGAACAUCGAGAUCAAGUAAAUGGUGCUUCAACGAGUGGAUCAUUGGCACAUUUGCUCAAAAGUUCCUUAGGUUCCGGAAUUUUGGCAAUGCCUAUGGCUUUCAAAAAUGCUGGUCUAUUGUUCGGUAUGGUAGGAACAUUGGUGGUUGGCUUCCUUUGUACACAUUGUGUUCAUAUUUUGGUCAAAACUUCACAUGAUAUUUGCGAGAUAGCAAAAGUACCACACUUAGGAUUCGCUGAAACUGCUGAAAAAGUAUUUGAAAAUGGACCUAAGAAGUUACGACCUUGGUCAAAUUUUGCGAAACAAUUUGUCGAUGGAGCUCUUAUGGCAACCUACUAUGCAGCUGGAUGUGUUUACAUAGUCUUUGUUGCUUCAUCGUUCCAAAAUGUCCUUAACAAUGAACUUGAUCUUAACUGGAACAUACGCGUUUACAUAGCUAUUAUUAUCAUACCAUUUCUUGUAAUGGGACAAAUCAGGGACCUUAAGUAUCUUGUACCAUUUUCCGCAAUGGCAAACAUUUUUAUUGUGAUUGUCUUCGGAAUAACAUUGUACUAUUUGUUCAAUGAGCCUUUGAAAUUUUCGGAUAAGCCGCUUUUCUCCAGCUGGGCUAAGCUUCCCUUGUUCUUUGCAACUGUAAUUUUUGCCAUGGAAGGUAUUGGUGUAGUAAUGCCAGUGGAAAACUCAAUGAAGAGUCCCCAACAUUUUCUCGGAUGCCCUGGUGUCUUGAACACAGCUAUGAUAACUGUUGUUACACUGUAUGCUGUUAUUGGAUUCCUUGGUUAUGUGAAAUACGGUGAUCAAGUGUUGGGCAGUAUUACAUUGAAUCUAGAUGAUGGAGCAUGGCUUGCGGAUACUGCUAAACUUUUGAUGGCUAUUUCAAUUCUCUUCACCUUUGGUCUACAAUUUUAUGUUCCCAAUGAAAUUUUGUGGAGAAAAAUUUCCCACAAAUUCCCAGAGGAAAAACACAAUAUCGCACAGAUCUUACUUAGAACAGGAAUUAUUUUAUUAAGUGGUGGGAUUUCAGCUGCAAUUCCCGACCUUGAGCCUUUUAUCGGUCUUGUUGGAGCCGUAUUCUUCUCCUUACUGGGAAUAAUGGUCCCGAGUGUAGUGCAGACAGUUUUUCUAUGGCCCAAUAAUCUGGGUAGAUGGAAUUGGAUAUUAGUUAAAAAUGUUAUUCUUUCAAUUCUUGCCAUACUUGCUCUAAUUGCAGGUUCAUUUGUAAGCAUUUCGGAAAUAAUUAAAAUGUAUAGUAAGUAAGAUUUGUGUGAUGUAAAGAGUAUUUCGAUAUUAUAGGGAUAGCUCGAUUUUAAAAACAAUGAAUUUAGUAGUUUAAAUUAUUUAAAAAAAAUAAGCUAUUGUGUGUACAUACUAAGUAUAAUGCACUUACAAAUUUGGAUAACGGUUGUGCACAGUUUAUUUAAGUUCUGUAUAGAUUAAUUUUGACAUAUUUUUCAGGAAUUAUUAUGUAUAACGUGAUAUAUAUGUGUUAUGUGCAACUAAUUAUAAGCUAUAUACAUAUGUUAUGUGAAAAUUUCAAAUAUAUGUAUUAAGAUUUCGGAAAAUAAUAAUUUAAUAUGACUGCAAACGAAUGACAGUUAACUGAAUACUUCCCCGAUAUAAAAUAUAAGCUUACUUUUAUAUUUGUAUAAUGUCUAAAUGUUUAACAGCUAUCUUUAAGAAUAUACAUACAUAUAAAUCAGCAUUGUUGAAGUUUAAUAAUGAAUUUUAUAUUGAUUGAAAAUGUUAUCAAUAUAUGAACCAUCCAAAAAUGAAAAUAAAUUAACAAAAUAAAAAAGUA